UAGAGUGUGAAAAUCAGUACCGGCACACACAGCAUCAGAUAACACGUUGACGUGUUGUUUCUCAAAAUUUUUUUAAAAUUCUUAUAUUUGAAUUCCGCAUUUUUAAAAUACAAUUGUUUUAUUAUGCACCGUUCAUUAAAUUCUAAGUAGACAACAAGUUUGGAAGAGCAUCAACUAUAUGAAGAGGAGCAAAUGACGAUGACUAGGUUAACUCCAUGGAAUUUCGUAUUCAGACGAUUUUGUAGUCAAAAAGGCUAUGAAGAGGAUUUUGUUAAAUAUCAUGUGCCUUUGACAAAUUUUCAACGUACAUUAUUAGCUGCAGGUUCUGCUUUUGUUUCCAUAACGAAUCCAUAUCGAGGCGAUAUGAUUGCUUGUCUCGGUGAAACGACCGGUGAAAAAGCGUUAAUUUAUUGUCAAAAACAAUUGCGGAGUACAACUGAGGGACAACGAAUUCUUGAUCAAAGACCUAGAAUUCAUUCUUCUACUAUUGAUUUAAUGGCUCUUAAAAAUCUCCCCGAUGCAACUAUUGGAAAAACUUACUCUUCCUUUUUGGAAGUGAACAAUGUUUCUCCAGAUUCAAGACCACCUGUUCGGUUUGUAGAAGAUUUCCAGUUAUCGUACGUUAUGCAAAGAUAUCGAGAAGUGCAUGAUAUCUUUCAUGCAAUACUUUUAAUGCCCACUACUAUGCUUGGCGAAGUUACUGUCAAGUGGGUGGAAGCUUUACAGCUACAACUUCCGAUGUGUAUAAACGGAGCAAUUUUAGGUGCAGCUAGACUCCGUCCAAGACAAAGAAAAUUGUACUCUAAUUAUUACCUACCUUGGGCCAUAAAUACAGGAAAGAAUUCCAAAUUUCUUCUCGGCAUUUAUUUUGAAGAACGAUGGGAACAAACGUUAGAAGACUUCUACAAAGAAAUGAACAUAAAACGCUUAAUGUGAAGGAAAAGUUUCUUAAAAUAACUGAAACUGUUAGUUUCCAUUAAUUUUUUAAAAAUAUAAUUCUUCGAAAUAUUAAAAUUUGUAAUCCAUACAAAAUUACAGAAUAAGUAAAAAAUUUCGUUAUUAUUAGAAAUAAUUUUUAAAAAUAAAAAUAAAAAAUUUCAUUUCUUUGUAUAUUUAUAUUUUAGUCAUAAUGCAAAAAAAAUCACAAAUACAAAAAUUGUUUUGCAAUUUGAGAAACUGUUAAAGAAUUUGCAAAGGUGUAAUGGUGUUUUUCACCUGAUUAAUUUUUUAAAAAUAAAUUAUUGUAUUUGAAGGGUCGUACAGUUGCAUAAAUGCAAAUAAAGGCUUAUUUAUUUUCAUGAAUUUUAAUAUAAAAAAUUUGGAAGUCACGAAAGACAAUAUUUACACAUUUUAGUUUUCAAAUUAUUCCUUAUUACUAUAAGAUUAUAAAUUAAAAUUCUAAUGGACGUUUAAUGACAGUCGUAUGUCACAAUAAUAAUUUAUGACACUGUAAUAUUUUUUCAAUUUAUCGAUAAUAGCAAUGAUAAAUUUUUAAAUUUACAAU